GCUAAGCAAGCAAAGAGCGUAGUGUACUGGUAAAGUGGUACCGUGCGUAGAGGAUAAAAGAAACUGUGUGAAAACAGAGAGACAGUGUUAACACACAGACAAAUGAGUAGAGGGGGAAACGGGGAGAGGAAAGAGAGGGAAUCAGUUAGAGAGACAAAGUGAUAACAGAUAAAUGAAGAGAGGUAGAAUUGGGGAGAGGAAAGAUAGAGAGAAUGAGUUAGAGAGAGAGUGAUAACACAGAUAAACGAAUAGAGGUAGAAACGGGGAGAGGAGAGACAGAAGAUCAGUUACAGAGAGUGUGAUAACACACGGACAGAUCAGUAGAGGUAGAAACGGAGUGAGGAGAGACAGAAGAUCAGUUACAGAGAGUGUGAUAACACACGGACAGAUCAGUAGAGGUAGAAACAGAGUGAAGAGAGACAGAAUCAGUUACAGAGAGUGUGAUAACACACGGACAGAUCAGUAGAGGUAGAAACAGAGUGAGGAGAGACAGAAUCAGUUACAGAGCGUGUGAUAACACACGGACAGAUCAGUAGAGGUAGAAACGGGGUGAAGAGAGACAGAAUCAGUUACAGAGCGUGUGAUAACACACGGACAGAUCAGUAGAGGUAGAAACAGGGUGAGGAGAGACAGAAUCAGUUACAGAGAGUGUGAUAACACACGGACAGAUCAGUAGAGGUAGAAACAGAGUGAGGAGAGACAGAAUCAGUUACAGAGCGUGUGAUAACACACGGGCAGAUCAGUAGAGGUAGAAACGGGGAGAGGAGAGACAGAAUCAGUUACAGAGAGUGUGAUAACACACGGGCAGAUCAGUAGAGGUAGAAACAGGGUGAAGAGAGAGAGAAUCAGUUACAGAGAGUGUGAUAACACACGGACAGAUCAGUAGAGGUAGAAACAGGGUGAGGAGAGACAGAAUCAGUUACAGAGAGUGUGAUAACACACGGACAGAUCAGUAGAGGUAGAAACAGGGUGAAGAGAGAGAGAGUCAGUGGCUGAGUGUGCAAGACGAGAGGAAGUGAUGGCCGACAGUAGAGGUAAGGCUGCCCAGCGACGACCAAAGGCGGCCGAUGACCUGAGCACUGACCUCAGCUGCUCCAUCUGCCUCGACUUCUUCUCCGACCCGGUGAGCCUGAGAUGCGGCCACAAUUUCUGCAGGGAGUGCAUCCAGCACGCCUGGCCUCAGACGGCACACGCCUGCGGUGGGAUCUCCUGUCCCCAGUGCCGGCAGCGAUGUAACAGCCUGGAUGUGAACAGCAACCGGCUGCUGGCCAGCAUCGUGGACAGCUUCAGGAGGCUGUGGAAGCCGAAUCGAGCCUCCACGCCUCCUCUCAAGUGCCGGCUCCACCAGCGGGAGCUCGAUUUCUUCUGCUCCGACGACCUGCAACUUGUCUGCCAGGUUUGUUGGAGGUCCGAAGAGCACAGGAACCACAGCCGCACCACCAUCUGCGAAGCUUACAAACUCUGCAAGUUCAAGUCAAUUCAACUCCUGCGGGAGAAACUGAAAGAAUAUCGUGAGGCCCAGGCAGAAAAUGGACUGAAGAUCUCCAAAACCCUGGAAUGGAUGAACCUCCUGCAGGACCAGAUCACGGCUGAGUUUGCGGAACUUCGGCAGUUCCUGCAGCAGCAACAGCGAGCUGUCACCCAGAGGCUGAGAGAUGCCGGGGUCUCUGCCAUCGAUCAGCUGGUGGAAAACAUGGAGCUGAUCUCUGACCGCUGUGACCUCAUCGAGGAAGCCCUCGAAGACAUACAGUCAAUGCGGAACAAGACACAGCUUCUGACGGAGAUCAAAAGCAUUCUUCAGAGAUGCGACUCACAGAUAAAACCUGUUCCAAAGAUGCCUGAACUGAAUCUGGGGGAGUUUAAUGGACCUCUGCAGUACGCAGUAUGGAAACAGAUGCUGAAUGUUAUUCGCCCAGUUCCUGCCCCAUUGACACUGGACUCAGAGACAGCAGGUUUGGACCUUGUCCUCUCCAAGGACCAAACAACGGUGAAGGGCUGCUCGAAGCUGAAAGACUUACCAAACAGUCCCAAGCGGUUCAGUAAUUACCGCUGUGUGCUGACACGGGAAGGGUUCACUUCAGGCAAACACUACUGGGAGGUUGACGUGGAGAGCAUCGAUGAGUGGAUUGUUGGUGUGGUGAAGGAGUCCGUGGACAGGCACAGGGCUGUUUCGCUGACGCCCUCAAAUGGGUUCUGGACCUUGAGAAAGUGGAACGGGAAUGUCUACGGCCCUGAGCACACAACAAAAUCCAAGUGCUGCUUAAACGUAAAUCCGAGGAGGGUGGGAGUUUACGUGGACCACAAGGAAGGGCAGGUGUCCUUUUAUAAUGGUGAUGACAUGACACAUCUCUACACCUCCACAAGCGCGAUCACAGAGAAGAUUUACCCAUUCCUCCUGCCUUUCCCAGAGACAGUGACUGAGGAGGCCCUGAAGCUCUUCCACUUGAAACUGUAACUCAAUGGGACCCAGACAGUGGCCUGUUCAGAGCAUCUCCCCUGCCUGUAAUAGGAAAAGCAAAGCACUUAUUGCCAAAGGAAUAAAGUGUAAAAAUAAGGAAGUGUUGCUGCAACGGUAAAAGUGAGACUGCUCCUGGAGUACUGUCUACAGUUGGAGUGUCUUACUUACACAGGGGUGCAAUUGCAUUGGAGGUAGGUCAAUGAAGGCUCACUGGAUUGAUUCUAGAGAUGAGGUGUUAGCCUUAUGAAGAGAGAUUGAGCUUCUUUUUAAAAUUCAAUCGUGGGAUGAGGGCGAGGCAGCAUUCACUGCUCAUCCCUAAGUCAAAGUCAACCACAUUGCUCUGGGUCUGGAGUCACAUAUAGGCCAGACCAGGGAAGGAUUGCAGCUUCCUUUCCUAAAGGACAUUGAUGAACCAGAUGGGGUUUUCCAACAAUUGACAAUGGAUUCAUGGCCAUCAUUUUGUUCUUACUUCCAGAUAUUUAUUGAAUUCAAAUUCCACCAUCUGCCGUGGUGGGAUUCGAACCCAGGUCCCCAGAACAUUACCUGGGUCUCUGGAUUAACAGUCCGGCGACAAUACCACUAGGCCAUUGCCUCGCCAAGCCUAUACUUGCUGGUGUUUAGAAGAAUGAGUGGAGAUUUAAUUGACGAAUAUAAGAUGCUGGAGACGAUUGACAUAUUAAAUGUAGAGAGGAUGUGUCCUCAUGUGGGGCAAUCUAGAAUGAGGGGUCACCAUUUUAGGACAAGGAAAUUGCAGAUUUGAAACUGGGAUGAGGUGAAAUUACUUCUCUCAAAGUGAGAGGGACCUUGAACCUUUGGAACUCACCACCCCAGUGUUAGUGUGGUGGAUACCAGGACAUUGAAUAAAGUUAGAGAAGGAAGGAAUUGACUGAUCUUUUCAUUAGUAUUGGGACGGAGGGUUAUGGACCAGACAGGAAAGUGGAGUUCAGGUCCAGGUGAGAUCAGCCACGCUUGUAUCAAGUGGUGGAACAGUCUCAAGAAGCUGAUUGGUCUACUCCUGCUUCUAUUUCUCAUGCUCCCAGUCUGACCGCGCACCAAGGUAGUGGUGAGACUCACUUUCUCCAUGCUCAGCUGUUCCAUCGAGAAUCCAAAGCUACAACUGGUCUUACUGGCUGCAUAUUGUUUCUACAAAUUAGAAUUCAUAUCAUUUUGCUUUGGGCUUCAUGAGUCCCAGUGGCUGUUGCAACAUGAACAUAUCCAUAAUGAUAAAGCUCAGAACUGCCGAAGCAGGAAACCUGAAAACGAAAGCAGAAAGUUCUGGAGAAACUCAGCAUCAAUGGAGGGAGAGAGAGAGAGAGAGAACAACAGUCAACAUUUCGAGUCUGAUGACCCUUGGGUCAGAAGAGCUCAUGUAUCUUCAGCACUUCCUGUUUUUUUGGUUUUUAUAAACCAGCCCAUGCUUGUUAUUGAUUGGAGCAAUAGACCCUGGUAGCUAAGACUCCAGCUCAUAAAGGAUCACCUCCUGCUCCAAACAACCGCUGUUGGCACUUAUCGGAAAAUGUACAGACUUAUAAUCAGAGAUAGUAGGAAUUGCCACUGCUGGAGGUAUAGAGCUGGAUGAACUCAACAGGCCAAACAGCAUCAGAGGAGCAGGAAAGCUGACGUUUCGGGCCCAGACCCUUAUUCAGACUGAUAAUCAUCCUGUUUCAGCAGCUUCAGAGCGCACCAUCCUUAUCUAUCAGGUCCUGGGGUGUGACUCGAACCUGGAAUUUCUGAGGCAGAGGCAGUGACGCUACAUUGUCUGCCACAUUUAUCCCA